AUGGAUCCUCAGAACCAGUCUGGCUCCCAUGCUCAGCAGGGCCGUCCCCAGCCUGUGUACGAUACAACCCAUGGCGGUCAUUAUGGUGCGAGCGCUGCGCUUUCCGCCCAAGGCUUCGCCCCUGCCGAACUCUACACUGGUCCAUGGGCCAACGUUCAUCAGGGGUUGACCGGACAGUAUAAGGACAUCCUGACAACCUAUUGGCAACAGACCAUCAACCACUUGGAGAGUGACAACCACGAUUACAAGCUGCAUCAGCUACCGUUGGCCCGCAUAAAGAAGGUCAUGAAAGCUGACCCAGAAGUCAAGAUGAUCUCCGCUGAAGCGCCCAUCCUCUUCGCCAAGGGCUGCGACAUCUUCAUCACUGAGCUCACCAUGCGCGCCUGGAUUCACGCCGAGGAGAACAAGCGAAGGACUCUGCAGCGAUCUGAUAUCGCAUCUGCGCUAGCCAAGUCCGAUAUGUUUGAUUUCCUCAUCGACAUCGUUCCUCGAGAAGAGGCCUCGUCCCACGCUAAAAGGACUACCGGCCAAGCCGCCCCUACUCCCCAAGGCGUCCCGGCCCAAACCAAUUCUCAGAUGCCGGGUCAGCACGGCUCCCUGCAACAAGGUGCUAACCACUCUUCCUCCUCCCAUCCAAUGGCCGCGACCGACUACGGCCUUGCCGGCCAUGCCCUUGGCCCCGACCAGGACUACCGGCAGAACCCCAACAUGUACCCUGGUCAAGUACAGCCAGGUCCCUCAGCUGCUUACGGUCAAGCUCAACAACCCAUGUAUGGCGAGAUCGAGGGCAUGUAUGGAUACGGAGGGAUGCAGCCCCAGCAGCCGCCCAUGUCCACCGAGGAAUUUGAGUAG